UGGAAAUGGCCGCCACAUCACUGAGAGAAACAAAAACUACUUUCACACCCGAGUAAAAUAAACAAGUUCGAUCCGAAUGCUGUCAGUACAUAUUAUAAACUCUAUACUCUGGAGUUAAUUUCGUUUCGUGUCAGAAUUAAAGCGUUUUUUUAGAGUGUAAGCGUUCAUUGCUAGUGUGCGCGUGCACGUGUGUGUGUUCGGGCUCGAGCGGAACCGGAGAGUCCAAUGGCGGACCCGAGAAAAGUCCCGUUCGUCACACUUGCCUCAUACAGCACCACACCGGCGCCCGAGUCCAAGAAGCGGCGACGGGAGGACGAGGAGAAUGAGCCGAACCCCCCCGGUAACGGUGCUACUUCUGUUGGUCUGUUCGGUGCCGCGAAACCAGCGACGGAUCCCGAAGAACCCAAACCAACCGUCCGACUGAACCUGAGCCUGUCCGAACCCAGCGAACAGAAAUCCGCCGAGUUUAACUACAGCGAGCUCAUCCACAGCAGCCUGCAGGCAAGGAAAGUUCCUCACGGGCUCACACCUGCUCUGGACCCCAGCGACCCAUUUGCUGAUGAAGAUAAAGAAAGACAGGAAGUCGAGACUCUGGCGAAGAAAUUUGAGAGCAAAUAUGGAAAUGGUGGAAAGAAGAAAAGAAGAGACAGGGUGCAGGAUCUCAUCGAUAUCGGUUAUGGCUACGAUGAAACUGAUCCAUUCAUUGACAACUCAGAGGCUUAUGACGAACUCGUUCCUGCAUCACUGACCACUAAACUGGGUGGUUUCUACAUCAACACCGGUACACUGCAGUUCAGAGCUGCUUCUGAAUCAGAGGGAGAAGAUGGACGAAAAGACUCCACCCAUAUAAGGAAAGAUGGAGAGGAGCGAGUGAUUAAAAGGAGGAAGAAGAAGCAGGAUGGAGGUCUGGAGGAGAAAAAACCCAGGAAAUUUAAAGUACCAAAGCCGGGAGUUUCGUCUCUGAACCGUCCAGAAAAGAAGAAGAGGAAGAAGCUGAUGAAGGAUUCGCUCUCUCUAGCAGCCAUGAUCCGCCGGUUCACACGCGAGAAAGAAGAGAUGAGGAAGAAGAACCCGACCGCCGCCGUAAAGCUCUCACGCACUCAAACUAACACAGCCACUCCCGGCAAUGACCUGUCCAUGGCUGACCUUACCUCUGACCCGGCGGUGAUGUCACUGCUGGGCGGGGCAACAGAGAAUGACAUGCUGCAGGAGUUGAUGGGUGAUCUGGACUUUGGGCUGCUGGAUUCUCCUCAACCUUCCAGUCCUGGACAGACCGAGAACGUAUCCGCGGUGGCUCAAAAAGCAGGAGGAUUCACGGGCAGAGUGCAGAAGACUGGAUUUAUGCCCCCGCCACCUCUCCCCACCAGCCUUCCUGCCCCCGUCCUCAAACGCAUUGAGGACCUGCGGGCGGCGUCUCGUCAGUUUGAUGUUGAGGGCAGGAAGAAGUUCUUCACGCUGGACAUGAACAACAUCCUGCUAGAUAUUGAGCUGCAGGUGCAGGAGCAGCCGGCGUUGGUGCGUUCUGCUGUUUACGCUCAUCUGGAGGCGUUUGUUCCAUGUAGUAAAGAAGCUCUGCUGAAGCGUCUGAAGAAACUCAGUCUGAACAUUCAGGACGACAGGCUGAAGACGCCGCUGCUCAAACUCAAGCUGGCCGUCUGCAGCGUCAUGCCAGAGCAGAUUGCACGCUACAACAUGGACUGCAUGGCCAAAGUCGCUAAGCAGCAUUCUGAGGAUGGCGAGAGAAAUGGCUCUGAGGAGGAAGAUGAGGAGAAGCCUGGGCGAAGAGUGAUGGGACCCAGGAAGAAAUUUGUGUGGGACGACAAACUCAGGAAUCUGCUGUGUAAUCUGGUGCGUGUGAAGCUGGGCUGUUAUGAGCUAGAAGGUCAGUGUGCACUCUCACCUGAAGAUUACCUGAAGGUCUUCAUGGAUACGGAGGUCAAACCGCUCUGGCCCAAAGGCUGGAUGCAGGCCAGGAUGUUGUUUAAAGAGAGUCGUAUGGCUCAUGAUUAUCUCACAGGAAACACCGUGAAGAAAAGGGUGUUACCUACUCCAAAAGCAAAACCCAAACCUCAGGACAGCGGUGUGGUCCAGCGGACGGCCGUCUCUGUUGAUGCCACACCUCCUCUUACAUCAGUCCCACAGCGUGUCCCUUCCCCUCCUGAGCCCAUCUGUCUAUCUGACUCUCUUGAUGAGGAUCUGACCCCUCCGUCACUGGACUCCAUCUCUCAGGCUCUGGCGAUGCUCAGCAGCGCUGCUAAAGGUCUUGUUCAGUCCAACAGCCCCCAGUCCACAGACACGCCCAAACCGACCGCUCCGUCAUCAAUGCAUGCGUCGCCACACCUGCUGAAAAAAACCUCCACACCCCCUCCUCCAAGGAUCAUCUCGUCCUCCGCAUCUCCGUCCAUACGCAGCGAGGGCGUUAAAGGAGUGGGUGUUCUAUCGCCAACACAAAGACUUUCGGUUAUUCCCGCUCAGCGACCUGUCAUGAUCACGGGUGUUAAGUCAGGUGUGUCUGCCGUGCCCUCUCCCCCAAAACCACGGCCACCACCGACGGCGUCGCCUCUUCAUGUCCCUCAGAAGAUCUUGGCGGGCAAAACGGUGGUGGCCUUGCCAACGGGUCUCAUUAAAACCAGCAAUAACGCCAGUGUUCGGAUGAGCGGUGUGGAUACAGUUAGCUCAUCGCCGCAGUCGCGGACGCACACGAUUCUGACCUCUUCCUUGCCUUCAAUCAUAAACGUUAAAGGCGUCCAGCCUUUCCAUCUGACCUCACUGUCACAAGCCAAAAACCUGCCUCGUGACUCGUCAUCCCCCUCGCAACCUAAACCAACACAGCACCAGCCUGGAUUCAUCACGCCCAUGCAGGCCACCAUCACCAAAUCACCCCACAACUCCAACUCGCCCAUCAUCAAACUCACACCCACCGCAUCCCCUGUGUCAAGACCUCCCACGUUACCCAUCAUGCACCAGCACACCGCCAAGAGCCCAGGGUUCCACGCGGGGGGAUUCUCGGGGGGCAGUUAUAGCUCCCCUGUGGGGCAGAAGAAUUCAUCUCAGGGAAACACCAUCUCCGGCCUUACCACAACCACCUCGACUGUUUCCAAGCAACCGGCGACCACCGCGUCACCUGCGGCAGUGACAGCCAAUCACAACCAGCGACAAAGACAAGUGGGAGGUGCCAGUCAAGGGGUGAAGACAAUCACAUCAGUUUCCACGGCAACAGCUUCUCAGCUUGCACAGGUAUCGUCCUCCAACGCUUUGCUGGGAUCAGCAAAUCCAUCUUUGCCUCUUGGUUUUGGGAUGUUGGGAGGACUGGUUCCUGUCUCUCUCCCGUUCCAGUUUCCAAACCUGCUGAACCUUCCCUCGUCUGUGGUGUCCACUACGGCUACCAGUGGCUCAACAAACCCCAGCAGCUCAGGCUUCAACCUGACUCAGAAUUUGUUAAAGAGUCUCAUGUCAGGGGCUCAGGCUGCUCUGCCGCCACACUUGCAGCUGGCUUUCUCAGAUGUCAAUCAAACCCAAGGCGGGGAUUUGAAGAGGAAGCCAUUAUGACAUCAUAGAGCUUGAGUGAGCUGAACUGUGACUGUUGGCUGAUUCGGGACUGACUCCGCCCACUUAUGCAUGAUCUGCUGGCUGUCCAAGGAGACAUUGUUUUUAACACACAUUUGAAUUUUCGGAGUAUCAUCGAUAAUGUGAUUAGAUUUAAUUAUGAUGCUUCGUUUGUACAUAUGUAUCAAUGUUUACACAGACUGACCUAAACACUGUGGACAGGGAGGCCGUGUGUGUGUUUGCAUGUUUAUUAGCGCACAGCUUCUGUAAAUGCUAGUUUUUUUAAAUGCAUUGAAAAUUUGAAUAACCAUGAAUGAGUGAGUGAAUGAACAAAUGCAUCCCUCCCUCUGUCCUGUGUAGGUCAUUGUCGUCUCUGGUGCUGUUCAAGAAUUAAGACACCCCCUUUAAAAUAAAAAUGGACUGAACCAAAUGUAAAGGGGCAGCAGGCUAAAAAUUGUAAUAUACUUGAAUUUUCAGGAUUUGUUUACUUGCACUUCAGGACACAAAUUAAAUAAAAUUAAGAAGCCUU